CAAAGAUGUCCGCGCUCAUUUGAAAACCUGCGGUAGCCAAAUCCACAGUUUGGCACCUGUUUCGAGUUGUUUUUAUGUUGGCACCGGUGACGACGUUGUGCCCAAGCGAGACUCAAACUAAGGAAAGACAGGGACUCCGCGACAAGAGCCAGAUUAUUCCGUACUAUCAGAAAUAAUGCUGAUAUCUGGAACUCAUGUCGGAAGUCGUGUAUGAAGAGACAGCCACGAUGAUCGCAGCAGGGGAAUUGCAGUCGUUUGUCCCGUUUGGCCGCGAGCACUGCAGGAACCAUCCAAACGCCUUCAACCUGCAGCUCAGAGAGCUCCAGCCCGCCUCCGAGCUCUGGUCGUCAGAUGGUGCUGCCGGCCUGGUGGGGUCGCUGCAGGAAGUCAGUCUGCAGGAGAGAGAGAGGGAGUGCUGGCAGCUUAGGAAGGGCUGCAUGGGAGUCAGAGAGGAGGAUGUGGAGUUUGAAGAGGAGCUCUACGCAGCAGGAACUGUUGUUGUCUGGAGCCAGGGCAGUCGGACCCAAGCUUCCAACGUAUAUAAGGCCUUCACUGUCGACAGCCCAGUGCAGCAGGCCUUGUGGUGCAACUUUGCUGUUCCAGCGAACAAGAAAGACGAGGAGGAGGUGGAGCAGACAGUGUGUAUCAUCCAGAGUAGCUGCGUCAACGUUCACACUGUAACUGGGAAGGAUUUCAUCUCACCGCUACCUUUCCAGGUCUCAAAUGGCUGGGCGACAAAGUUUGGACUUUUGUUAGAACGAAAAAACACAGCGACCGACGCACAACUCAGCCCUCCCGGAGAACCUCUGCCCACAGUGUUCAGCAUGCUGCAUCCUCUAGACGAGAUUGCACCAGUAGUCUGUAAACCUGCAGGCCAGUUUGAAGGCUCCCGUGUGCAGUAUGCCUCUGACGCCACCAUGAAGAUAGUUUUCAGCUGUUGUCAGCCCUCUAUAGUUGUCUUCUAUGACACUGUACAGGGAAUACACUCUGUCUGGGCCCUGCGCAAAGUCACACAGGACGAGCGCUCUACAGUUCUGCGGUGUACAGCAGAUCCAUGUGGCACUCCGUUGGGUCUGAUGGCAUCAGGCUUCCUGACUUCUCACCUCCGUAACAUCUCCCGCCUGGACUCCCCUGGUGGCAGUGGGUUAACUGGGCUCGGUCCCGUAACUGGACCGAGUUGUGCCGUCAGCACCAGCUCUCCUCUCCACUACAGCGCUCUGCACAGCCAUCAGGGCAGGACCAUGACGUCUUCACCAGGAUUACAUUCCCGUGUUCACUCCCCGAGUAUAUCCAACAUGGCUGCUCUCAGCCGCGCCCACUCUCCAGGCAUGGCGGCUCCGUCCCUUUCAGGUGCAGCUCGUUUCAACACGUCCUUCCACAGCCCGUCCCCCAGGGGGCACCAUGGCUUGAUACCCUCUCCCAACAGCACAGUGAACGAGACGAUGCUGGUGCCGGAGAUGGAGCCCAUCGUACCCGACCUCUGCAUGGAGCAGCUGUGGAGUGAGACGAUCACAGCUGGCUGUCACAGGGAGAUGAGCAGCCAGGCAUCUAAAAUAUUCCUGACCUCUGACCUCUGUGAGAACCGCUACCUCUGUUUCCUGGUGGAGUCUCACCAACAGCUCAGAUGUGUGAAGUUUAUUGAGAGCAACGAUUCCUCUCAGCUCAUUUUCGCCUCUGUCACGACCAUCCCAGCCAAAGAUGCAGAGCCUCUGCAGAAUAUCGAUGCCAUGCUGGUUCUGGAGGCCUGCGGCAGUCUGGUUCUCUACACAGGAAUCACCAGGGUCAGUAAGGUGUUUGUCCCCGGCCUCCUGUCGCCCACCUUCAACCUGAGCAACCACCUCUCACGCUUCAGCACGCCGACAGAGAACGUUAGCACACCCGCUAAUGCUGGCAAUAAGCACCUCCAAAGACUGGAUGAGGCCGUGAUGCCUUCACCAGUGUCCGAGGUGAGGAGUCCAAACAUUAAACACCAUGAAGGUUCAUUUUUGGAAGAUUACACUUUCCAACAUGCCACGCCCUAUAUCCAUGCCUUGCGAGACCCCGUCUGCAACCGGGUCACUCUGGAAUUAAGCAGUGGCACAAUGCUGAGGAUCUCCAUCCCAGAGAUUGCUACCUCAGAGCUCGUCAGGAAAUGCCUUCAGGCGAUUCGUUUCAUUUUGCCCAAGGAUGCUGCCAUGAAGGUUUUGGUAAAGUGGUAUAACAUCUACAACGCCCCCGGUGGUCCCAGUGCACAUGCAGAGUGGAACCUGUUUGUCACCUGUUUCAUGACACUGAUGGGCUACAACACGGAGCGCCUGGCAUGGACACGGAACCUGCAUUUUGAAGUGCCUCUCUCUCCGGUGAUUGCAGCUAAGAAGGCUCGUCCCUCUGAUGGAGGCUCCGAAGAGGACUUAGAGUACUUGUUGGGGUCUCAUUACCACCGUCAGAUGAAUUCCCAACCUGUCUGCUCCAACAAUGCUCUCACUACAGAAACUGUGGACCUGUCCUCUGCGUCCCCUCACUCCAGUCCAUCUCUGAAGUUGGACAGUUCAGCUCCUCUCUUUCCUCACAUUCCCUCUCUUUUCUACGUUCUCCAUCUGCUCUAUCAGGAGCUGCAGCUGGACGAGCUGCAGAGAGCAAGAGCCUCAUCACUGGUCUGUCUGCUGCAACAGCUAGCCAGAGACCUCCAGUUGGAAGAGUAUGUGGAUCUGUACUGGAGAGACUACCCCUCAUUAAUUAGUGGCUUCACUGAGAGCUGCAUCAUCGACCAGGCUCUCAUUGGUCAGAUGCAGCGUCCGUCCUACCUGAGGCCAGAGCCUCCCUGUGUGCUCAGCUGGCUCAGCAGCUGUCUGAGAGGGGAGGAGAUCCUGCCCUUCCCCUACCUGCCCGGCAUCUGUCAGAGGACCAGGCUGCUGGUUCUGAGUUAUGCUCUCUACAUUACUGGAGAUGAAAAUGCUACUUCGACAGAUGUAUCAAAGUACCUGGCCAAGCUCUCUGCAGGCCAGAAGUCCUGCGCCAGUGAACCGCAAUACAGAAGACAGAGCAGUGUGAAGGUCAAGUUCUCCAGUGAGAGUUUGGCCGAGCAGCUGGUGGUCUGGCUCACUUCAGAAGGUUUCACCCUGAAGGACCUGGAGUCCGUCCCCUUCGGUGUGGCUCUGCCAAUCAGAGAGGCCAUCUACCGCUGCCGGGAGCAGCCGUGUUCUGAUUGGUCGGAGGAGGUUUGUCUGCUGAUUGGGCGACAGGAUCUGACCAAACAAGCCCACAAGAUGACCCUGGCCAAGAGCAAAGCUACUGAAGUUUUAGGUUUGUCCUUGGAGCCUCCUGCGACCACCGAGGCAGAUGAGGAGGAAGAUGGGAUGUCUGACAUAAUACAAGAGGUCACAGGACUGAUCUGGAGUCAGGAUCUGAGGGUCCAGGAGGUGAGGAGGCUCCUGCAGAGCUCCAGGCCGGUCAGGGUCAGUGUGGUCCAGUUACCAGAGGUUUCUGAUCACGAGUACAUAGAGGAGAAAGAGAACAAACUCCUGCAGUUGUGUCAGAGGACGAUGGCUCUUCCAGUUGGCAGAGGCCUCUUCACUCUGUUCUCCUAUCACCCUGUGCCCACUGAACCUUUACCUGUCCCAAAACUCAACCUGACAGGCCGCGCCUCUCCUAGGAACACUAUGGUAGAUCUAAACAGCGGGAACAUUGAUGUUCCUCCCAACAUGACCAGCUGGCCCAGCUUCCACAACGGAGUCGCUGCUGGACUCAAAAUCGCCCCUGCUUCACGGGUGGACUCAGCCUGGAUAGCCUACAACAAGCCAAAGAGCCCUGAGCUGGCUAAUGAGUAUGCAGGCUUUCUCAUGGCCCUGGGCCUCAAUGGACACCUCACCAAGCUCGCCACGCUCAACAUACAUGACUACCUCACCAAGGGCCAUGAGAUGACCAGUAUUGGGCUCCUUCUGGGCGUGUCAUCAGCCAAACUGGGCACCAUGGACAUGUCAAUUACUCGCCUGCUGAGUAUACACAUCCCUGCCCUUCUCCCGCCCACCUCCACUGAGCUGGACGUACCACACAACGUUCAGGUUGCUGCUGUAAUUGGCAUCGGGCUGGUGUACCAGGGAACAGGACACAGACACAAUGCUGAGGUCUUGCUGUCUGAGAUAGGUCGACCUCCCGGUCCAGAGAUGGAGUACUGUACAGACAGAGAGUCCUAUUCACUAGCAGCUGGACUGGCUCUGGGCAUGGUCUGUCUGGGGCAUGGCAGCAACCUGAUUGGGAUGAUAGACCUGAACGUCCCUGAGCAGUUGUAUCAGUACAUGGUUGGGGGCCACCGCAGAGCUCAGGCCGGGGCCAACAGAGAGAGACACAAGUCCCCCAGCUACCAGAUCAAGGAGGGUGACACCAUAAAUGUAGACGUGACGUGUCCAGGGGCCACGCUGGCCCUCGCCAUGAUCUACCUCAAGACCAACAACAGGUCGAUCGCUGAUUGGCUGAAACCUCCAGACACUUGGUUCUUGCUGGAUUUCAUCAAGCCAGAGUUUCUGCUGCUGAGGACUCUUGCUCGGUGUAUUAUCAUGUGGGAUGAAAUUCUCCCUAAUACUGAGUGGGUCAAGAGUAACAUACCCCAGAUCAUGAGGGGGACUUUUGACCCUUCAGAGGACAUUAACAUGGAGACGAUGGCCCAAGCCCAAGACUACAUCACCGCCGGGGCCUGUAUGGCGUUGGGCUUACGCUUUGCCGGCUCUGCCAACUCCGAUGCCUUCGACUGCCUCUACGAGUUUGCAAGGACCUUCAUGAAGAUCAUGUCUUUUGCUGGUACAGCUGCUGUUCAGACGGGUUAUUACAACCUGCAGACCGGUCUGUCGAUGAUUCUGCUGGCUAUGUCCAUGGUGAUGUCCGGCACCGGGAACCUGAAGGUCCUGCAACUCUGCCGCUUCUUUCACAAGCGAACAGGCGGCGAGAUGAACUACGGCUUCCAUAUGGCUCAUCACAUGGCACUGGGCCUGCUCUUCCUGGGAGGUGGCAGGUACACCCUGAGCACCUCCAAUUCAGCCAUCGCUGCUCUGCUGUGCGCUCUGUACCCACACUUCCCUGCUCACAGCACUGACAACCGCUACCACCUGCAGGCCCUGCGUCACCUGGCCGUGCUGGCUGCAGAGCCACGUCUGCUGGUCCCCGUGGACGUGGACUCACUGAAGCCCUGCUACGCCCUCCUAGAGGUCACCUACAAGGAGACCAAGUGGUACGAUGAGACGACGGUAGAGUUGAUGGCUCCCACCAUGCUUCCUGAGCUGCACCUUCUCAAACGGGUAAAGGUGAAGGGGCCACGAUACUGGGAACUAUCUGUAGACCUCAGUAAAGAAACACAUCAUCUAAAGUCCAUCCUGUCCAGAGAUGGAGUGUUGUAUGUUAAACUGCGAGCUGGCCAGCUGCCCUACAAAGACGAUCCUCAGGGCUGGAAGAGCCUGCUGGCCUCCACUGUCAACCACAGCAGCCCUGGAGUCAGAGCCUUCAAGCCUGAAGCCAUCUCUACAUUCACCUCAGAACCUGCCUUGGUCUCCUUUGCUGAGUUCUUCUGCAAAACAUCUGAGGAAAUCAAACACAGGGAUGAUACUCUAGUGUUGUUCUCGGCCAUGCUGUAUGAAUGUGUGACACAAGAAUGUCCAGAGAUGCUGCCCACAUAUAUUGCUAUUGAGCAGGUGGUGGGUGCUCUGCGACGGGGUGACUUGCUGCAGACCUUCCCCCUGUGGCAGAUGCGUCUGGUGGUGGAGUUGUGGGACAGCAGGGUGCUGCAGGGUCCAUCUAACCGUCACGACGCUUUGCUCACCUCCGAGUUUCUGCCCGUCAUGAAGAACAUGGUGGAUGUAGCGCUGGACAGCUGGCUCAAAGACAACAGCUCAGUGUUGAGAUCCUACAUGAGGGGCGAGGCCCUCCCCAAGGACGCCCAGUCUAUCGUGUUGGCCUGCUUUUUGGUGUACCGAUCCAUCCCCUGCCUCAGGAACACACACACACAGCUGGAGGGCUGCAGCUCACUCGGGGAUUUAUUGUCGCGUAGCAGCCAGUUGCGCAUCCCUCUCAGAGACCUGCUGAGGCUGGUUCCCGUCCUGCUGGGCUCUGCGUCCGGAGCACAGACUCUGCUGGGCUUCCCUCUGCAAGCGUUUUGAUCCUGAUGCUCAGUACUGGUCAGCUGGCUAGUAACGUCUCAGAGAUGCAGUUCAAAGCCUUACGAUCCCACUGCGAGCACAGGUAGGACAGAAAACUGAUUUCUGCCUGGAACUCCUGUAGGUGUGUGCAGCAAGGGGGACAAAAUGUGACCAUAACAGCUCUUCUGUCUCACUGCAUCACUGCCUCUGAGAAGAACUGUUUGGAAAAUACAGACUUUGUUUCCUUCUCAGCCACUAAUAAGUAAUAUUAGAAUUUUGUAAUAUAAUAUUUCUAUGUAGGAUUUCUUUUUUACAGUAUAAAUAAAGUUUAGGCUGCAGUCGUGAUGCAGUUCACGUGCCAUUUCUGUAGCACAACAAAUCCAACAUGGGGACUUUUUUGAUGGUUAACUUUUGCUCAAAAGUCCGGUCCACGAGAAGACUGAAACAAGACAAUAAAGCAGAAAAGUACCUG